UGAAAAAAGUUUGGGACUGCUUGAGUGCUGUUUGUACUGUAUGAAGCAGUACUGGUGUGCAGCCCCUUCGAAAUCCCUGUCGUCCAUUCCGACCUCAUUCUCCCUUGGCAUUUUUCUUUUGCAGGUUUUUUCUUUGUAAGGCACAAUCUUUUGCAUGUGACAACUAGCAAAAUUCUUUAGCCGAGUUUACUGUACCAAACAAGCACAGCCAUGCGUUGAUGGGCUCUCUUCCGCGCGGCGUUCCGCUGAAACCGUUUUCCGGGAGCCCAAUCCGGCAAUUCCCGAUGGCCCCGAUGGCGAUGGGUGAUGGCGCGAACGGACGCGGCGGUUCGGCUUGCUACUCCUUGGCAUCCCGCGCGAUACAACCGCUUCCCUGCAUGUGUUUAACUGCAAUACUGCAUGCGCCUCUUUCGGUUUGAGUUUAUGUUUAUCCCAGUUCUUGGAAUCCAAUCAGACUUCCCCCAAAAAAAGCGACUGCCAGAAUCCUUCUCCACAACCCAAUCAUCGGGAGUAUCUUCUGGCCGCACGGUUUGAAUUGCAUCCUCUCCUUUGAUUCCCUUUCAGUAGUCCUGCACGGCAAUCGAUUGCGCUAACAAAAAUUCGAGGGAAGUUUUUAGCACCACCUUGAAUUGUUCUGCGCAAGGUUUGAUCGUUUCCAUUUCCCUUUCAUCGCGAAUCUGGCCUGUUUCUACUUUCUGGGCAUCCCUCAUUGAUAGCCAGUCGUUGCAUCGUUCGCGUAUGCUAAUUCCCAGCGUCUGAACGCGCUAAAUCUUUGAACAGUCUGUUGCAGAGUCUCGUUCUUCCAAUUGUACAACUGAAGAUGGCGGUAUCAUUCAUCACCAAACUUCUAAUGUUGGUCCUAGGCUACGCCUACCCGGCGUACGACUGCUACAAGGCGCUGGAACUGAACACGCCGCAGAUGGAACAGCUGCGAUUCUGGUGCCAGUACUGGAUUCUGGUCGCGUUCCUGACGGCGCUCGAGAGGUUCGCCGACUGCGCGCUCUCGUGGCUGCCCAUGUACAGCGAGGCGAAGCUCGCGCUCGUCGUGUACCUCUGGCACCCAAGCACAACGGGCGCGGGGCGCGUCUACGACGACUUCCUCCGCCCGUUCCUGGCGGCGCACGAGGCGGACAUCGACCGCGGCCUCCUGGAGCUGAGGGCCCGCGCCGCGGACGCGACGGCGUCGCGCCUCCAGGCGGCCGUGGCGCUCGCGCGGGCGGGCCUGCUCGACGCCUUCCGCCGCGUUUCGUCGCGGCUGCAGCUGCCGGCGGCGACCGGAAGCCCCGACGGGCUGCUGCUGCAGUGA